AGGUAAACAAUUUAAUCUGUAUAUUUACGCAUGCAGACCUCAACACUAAUUCUAAGAUGUCACUUUAUCAAAUAGUUACAAUAAAUGAAGAAAUCUUUCGGAAAUAAACAAUAGCAAGUUGUUACUCCUAACAAGAUGUGAAAUCAAGAAAACAAAAAGGAAUUUUUCACUGCCACAAAAGUAACACGUCAUCAAUAUAAUUCAGAAUCCAUCAUCACUGUUAGGUACAGAAGGAUAAAACAGAUACUAAUAGCACUUAAUGUUUGAAAUUUAGUAUCAAACAAUUAAGAA